AUUUCCCAGCAACGGGGAAUGGCCCCCGUAGAUUCCUGAGCCUCCUGUGGCUGGGCACUGGGAGAGGAGGGGUAGAGCAGGGCUUUGUUAACAACAGCCUUUCAGGAGGCUGCUCCGAGUCUGUCUCUUCACAGUGCUGGUGAUUCCUGACCCUUGUUUGCCCUGCAGCCCCUCUGAGUGCCAGACCGUGCCUGCCCGGCUGUGCCCAGCAUCAAUGCUGGUUCAUGUUUGCUCUUGGGCUUUGCACAGGCAGUUGCUUUUCUGCCCCUCUGUGCCACCAGAGCAAUCUGCGUUGCUCGUGCAGCAGCUGCUUAGUGCCCAGAUGUUGCCAUACACAUUCAGCAGUGCUUACAGGGUACUGUAGCACCAUCCCCUGUAGCAUCAUCCCCUUUUCUUGCAGAGAUGCCAAGACACACAGGUGAAAUUCUGUCCGGAGGACCUGAAUGGUGGGACCUAGUACUGACACUGAGGCACAAGGAGUAAUCUGCGGAGAGCUGUGCCAUGUAGCUGGUACUCACAGCUCUGUGGACAAAUCUCCUCCCUCCAAAUCUCCUUGCAUGGAGAAAGGGCCCUAUGGCUGUGCACGAUGCAGCAGGGUAUGUGUGGGCAGAGCUGUGCUCACAGCACUGCUCUUCUGAUUUUUCUCCUGAGAAGCUGUGAAACCACAGAGCAGAGCAGAAGUCUGGUUCCCAGCCUCUCAGAGCUGGGGCUGGUUGUGCUGCAGCUAUCGCUGCUGGGUCAGCCUAAAAGCAGCCUGUUGCCCUGUGACCCUGGUUUCCAUAUCUAACACCUCUGAGGGCUCGCUAUGCUGCAGGGCACAGCUGCUGUUGUACCAGGCUGUGGAGGACCCAUUUUUCCCUUACAGGUGCUGUGGUGUGGUAUCACAGCUCUCUCUAGUCCUCACAUGUGAGCCAAGAGAUGACCACAGCAGGAGGGUUGUGUUCUGAGGCACUGGGAGAGUUUGUGCACCACCGCUUGGUAUUUCUGCUCUCAGGGUGGUGAUAGAGCCCACCCUCUAUCGGGAGAGUCCCUGGAGCAAGCAGAAUGGGCAUGGAGAGCAUGUUUCUGUGAUUAAAAACAGUUCUUACAUGGAGGAAAUUGCUCCCUCACCCCAGCCUGAGUGUUCACGCACUGUGUCCUGCCCCGGGGGCUCAGCCUCAUGCUGGGGCAGCUCAGUGGGAAGGCGCGGGGAGCAGGUGGAGCAGCGUCAGUGCAGCGAUUUGCCCCCUGCCCCACAGGGGCUGUGGCCUCCAGCGGGUGGGCUCCUCUCCUGCCUCCAAACACAGCAGGGGAUGGACCUGGGGGGCUGCCUUGGGCAGCCGGAAGGCUCGGAGUGACCCUGUGCCGUUGGUUUGAGCAGACCCCAGCACGGCGGGUGCCUGGGGCCUCCCCGUGCCCCGGACUUGGUCCAAAAUAGAUGUGACCUGGUGGGACAAAGCCACCCUGAGGGACAGCCUGUGCUGAGGGUUGUUAGCGGAGCUGUUUCGCACCGUCCUGCGCACACGUAGCGCGCGGGCAGCUCCUCCCUGUGAGGUGAGAGAUCGGGUGCUGCUGAGAGGCCUCCUCCUGCCUUGGCUGCUGGAGACCGCCGGGGCUGGGCAUGGCGCUCGCCCUCGCCCUCCUGCCACUGCUGCUCCUGCCCUGGGGUUCAGGGACUCUUGGAUGUCUUGAGAGUCAAGUGGUUCUUGUGACUGAAGGGGAGCCUGUGGUUAUGGAGUGUCCUUUCCGCAAGCAAACUGGCAGUGGUAAGCCCUUCUAUGAGUUCAUCUGGAGCCACAGGAACGAGUUAAGAAGGAUCCUGCAGUUUAGGAUGACACGGUCCAAUGCCUCCUGUGCGCAUCGCAGCGAAGGUCACUUCAGCGGCACUGUGGAUUUUGAAAGGAGCGUGAGCUUUCUCAACAUCUCAGAAGUGCUUAUGAAUGACACUGGCCCUUACCUCUGCUAUGUGAAGACAGGGAGCAGCAACCCCACCAAAAAGGUGACUCACCUGCUCGUUAGAGGUCGGCAGCCGUGGGCAGCCUCUGGGGGCCUCAGCUUCUCUGUACCUCAAGGAGGCGAAGUCACCUUGGACUGUGAUUUCCCUGCCAACCUGACCAGGAACUUCACCAACCUCUUUUGGCUGCACGAGCAAGACCAGAGCCCACCCCGACUCGUAGCAUGGCACCUCACAUCCAGUUUCCAGAACAAUAGUGGCAGCAUUGGGAGUCGUUUCCAGAGCAUAUUUGACCUGGAAAAUCACCAGAGCCGUCUCACCAUUACUGGGCUGGAAGAGGAGGACGGUGGCUGGUACCAGUGUGAGGGCCUGGGAGAGCUUUCAGGCAGGCAGAGAGGGACGAGAACCAACCUUGCUGUGAAAGGCUCCUCGGCUGUCCUGCUGGUUGCUUUGGGGAGUGUUGCGUUUGCCGUCAUGGCUCUGUGCUUGUACUUUCUGUACAAGCAUCGCAUCCAGCUGAGGAGACGGCGCACCUUGCAGGAUGCAUCGGAUCCCUGCUGCAGGCCCGCAGAGGACGGCGUGAGGCAGCCCGCAGGCAGGGAAGCUGUCAGUGUCAGCACUGGCAGCAUGGCAGAGUACAGCGUGAGUGCAGUGCCGGGCAGAGCCCAGCCAUUGCUGACUCCUGCAGCAGUGCAGGGGCUGGCGACGGAGCCCUGGGGAGGAAGCCACGGAUGGGGCUGCUGGGCGGUAACUGAGGCUGUUGUUUGUUCACAGCUCCUCACUUUCCCGGGAAGGAACGCCGCUGCAGGGGUCCAGGGACAACGAUGACAGCCCAGGAGAGCCCAGUGGGACGGAGGGAGCUGUGCUGUGCUUCCGGUAUUCAUGGCACUGUGGAUAAUUUCCCUUCACUGUGUAUCAUGCAAAGGUCCCUAGCAAAACCUUCUCUCCCUUGAUGGUUGUUUUUUGUAUUCAAUUAAAGCCUCUCGAGGACA